AUGCUUCUAUGCUGUAGUCUUCAACGACCACAUUAUGUCUGGACUCAGACAGCCAAACUUAUUUCUGAGGACAUGUUUUACAUUCCUCGAAGUGAUCCAAUUUAUGCAUGCAUUAACAUAAGUGAUAUAGAGAAGGAACAAGCUGCUCUUAAAGAGAUCGAGACUUUUCUUCGCCAAAAUGGUAAGAGUCUUGAAGACUUCCCUUUAAUGCCUGUACUUCCAGAGGUUGAACCAAUUGAUGUAACCAAUCAUCUUAUUAUGCAAGAGUUGAGUUAUGACAAGCAAGCUUUGCAAGUAGAAGCAAGUCAACUGGCUAAGUCACUUAAUACUGAUCAGAAAGAGAUAUAUGAUAAGGUUAUGAGUUCGUUAGACCAAGUUAAUGGUGCUUUCUUUUUUGUAUAUGGUUGUGGUGGUACUGGGAAGACAUUCUUGUGGAAUGCUUUGACUUCAUCAUUGCAUGGUAGAGGUGAUAUUGUAUUAACAGUUGCAUCUAGUGGAAUUGCAGCUACCCUAUUACCAUCAGGCAGGACCGCACAUUCAAGAUUUGUUAUCCCUAUUCAAGUUAAUGAGUUAUCUAUUUGUGGGAUCAAGCAAAACUCUCCACUCACUCAUCUACUUCAAAAGACAAAACUAAUCAUAUGGGAUGAGGCUCCAAUGGUUCAGCGGUAUUGUGUUGAAGCCGUUGACAGAACAUUACAGGAUAUUAUGCAUUGCACAUCUCCAUUUGGAGGUAAAUGCAUCAUUAUGGGAGGUGGGAGGUGA